CUGCACUCCAAUUCCGACAAAGGUGAUGGAUCAGUCAAAUACAUUCUUACCGGUGAAGGGGCUGGGACUAUCUUCAUUAUCGAUGACACGACCGGAGACAUCCAUUCAACCAAAAGUCUAGAUCGAGAAAAGAAGACGCACUAUGUGCUACACGCCCAAGCUAUUGAUCGAUGGACAAACAAGCCACUUGAACCUGAAUCUGAGUUUAUCAUCAAAGUACAAGAUAUCAAUGACAAUGCACCCAAAUUUACAGAUGGACCAUAUAUCGUUACUGUGCCCGAGAUGUCUGAUAUGG